CAAAGUUUCUUGUUGGGUUCUGCUUGGUUCUGUUGGUUCUGCCUGGUCCUGCGGCCCGGUGUGGUGCCAGCAGUCGGUACCGGAUCCUUCCACCUGAGCAGGCCCGUCUGCGUUCAGGAAUGUUGGCCCGAGUCCGGCCUCUUGUUGUUCUGUCAGAACUCUUUCGGUUCGCCUGGUUUCCUUCCACAGAAGACGCUGGCUCGGGUCCAAAUCGCUUCCAGGGAACCGCAGGAGUUCUGCUGCUGUUUCACUUCAAUUGAUCGGAGCAGCAGCUGGAGGACAGACAGAGAGACAGAGAAGAUGUUUGCAGAUGAAACCAUCGCCGUGGUGAAGAACGUGGGAGCGGAGGAAGAGCUGAUCUCCAACUCCAACCUGAACCACAAGGUGGAGCUGCUGACUCUGGUCCGGGUCAGCCAGGGCAGGUUCUUCAGUUACCCCAAGUACACGCCGGUGGACUGCACCUUACCAGAGCUGCUGGAGGACGACGACUUCUCUCCAGAGGUUGAAGAAGAGCUGCUGGUGAAGGACUUCAAGACGUCGGUGGAGAGCAGCGGGAGCGGAGAGCUGGGCGCAGGACAACUAACGGUUGGCGAAGCGGCGAUAUCUGCAAAGUCUGACUCUGUGGACGGCCUGGUGGAGCCGGUAAGCAUCAAGAAGAAGAAAGCCAACCUGAGAGGCGUGAGGAAGACCUUCAGCGGCAGGAAGCUGGAAAAAGGAAAGAUGAAGCUGCUGAAGAUGAAGGAAAAGGACAAGCUGGCCUUUGUUCAUGAGACGCUGUACAACACCGGACCUGUGAGGAUGAUCCGGAAGUCUGCUCAGGAUGGGUCCAUUUCAGCCAACUACCAGAAGUUCCUGAAGCUGCUGGUCAAGGGCAGCAGGACGGAGGAGACGGUCUUCACCGUCCCAGAGAAAUCCACCUUUGCGUUUGGACUCCAGGAGAUCCUGUGGGACGACGAGACGAUCGAAAUCCCAUUUGAAUCCUGGGCUCACAAGCAGAACCUGAGCCUGUUCACACAUGACAGUGUUGAUCCAGAUCAGCUUCAGGAGGCCAGAGAAGGGAUUCAGAACAAGGCGUUCCUCCUGAAGCCGCUCACUGGUCUCCCUCAGGCGACCCGGCAGAACCUGCUGAAGAAGCUGCAGGAGGUUCUGGAGGAGGGCGGCGCUCUCAGCCAGCUGGAGGAAACGCUGGACCAGAGCAGCAAAGGACAGCCAGAGCAUCCCCCCUCCAAGGUCGUUUCGUCCUUCAUGGAUGUCUUGGAUGAGUCCAAAGUGUCCUCCAAGGUGAGGGACGCCGUCCAUCUUGUGGUCUGCGCCAUGGACGCUCUGCCAGAGAUAAUGCUGCGACCUUUGACCUCUUGUGGUCCUGAAACUCUCACUGUCCUCACCCAACUGGUGGACAGUCUGAAGGAUGGAGAUGAGCCCAGUCUCCCAGCGUGUCCUCCUGUCCCCCUGCAGCAGGACGGGGAGCUGCGCUGGGCGGCGGAUGUCCUCUGUGGGUCCAGUGAGACUCUGGUGGAGCUGAGUGCGGCGUGGGACCGGCGGCCCGAGGUUCUGCUGGAGGUUCUGGCUCUGGCCGUGUUGGGAGUCCACAGGCUGCAGGAGGGAAACGGUGCUGAUGAUUAAUCUGCCUCAGAAGAUCAUUGAAUCUAAAUUUUCCUGAUUCUUUUCCUACAUUAACAUUAAUUUCUUCUUUGAUGUUUUCUACAUGCUAAGGUUGAUUCAGGUCAUUUUUCAUGAAAUCUAGAUUUUAUUUGAAUAAUUUGCUGUGGAUUUCCCCUUUGGACAUUUAAUAAAAUUGAUCUUUCUGAUGAUUGUAUUGAUUUGGGUCACUGUGGGUUAAACUGAUCAGAACUUUUUCAAUUGAUGUAAUCAAUCAUUGAUACUAUUAAACAUUUAAAUGAUAUUUCUGGUUUAACGAGUUGAAACUUUUUAUAUGGUUUUAAUAUUGAGGUCAAAAUAUUUCUGUCAACUUUUAGAUUAAAAUAUUUUUACAUGUCAUUUUAUUGGAACCUGUUGAGUUUAUGAUGGAUGUGAUUUAUUGAUUUUAGUUUCUGGCAGCCAGUGUGUUCUCGCUCGCCCAAUGUGUCUCUUCCUCUGUCUCUCACCUGAAACCCAUCAGCCAAUCAGCUCAGGUCUUUUAUUCAUCCUUCUCUGCUUUAACCUGCGGCUUGUUCUCCUGUUUUUGCUCUGCUCUGGCUCCCUGGGUUCCUCAUGUUUUCCAUCCAUCCAUUUUCUAACCCUUGACCCCCAAUGGGGGUCAGGAGGAGCUGCUGCCUCUCCAGUUAACAUGUUAACGUUCCAGGUGAGGGCGGGGUCACCUGGACA